UGAGGUCUCUCAGGCGCAGUUCAUGAGAGUUUUGGGCUGUGAUUUUCAGUGAUAUAGUGAACUUGAGGGCUGCAGAGCUCCUCACAGUGGACAGUCAAUUACAAUGCAUAAAAUGCCUCCACUGUACGCGCAAUCCCGAGCAAGAGUCUCCGCCAACACUCUUCAGCGCCGGCGAAACACGCACUUUUAAAGGGAGUUUACCAAAACAGAAGAAAAGAUGCCCUUCUGCAAGAGGACCGUAGUCCCUAAAGAUGUGUGCAGAAGCGGCGGCAAGAGUCGCGGUGCGAUGUUCACGGAUCUGGUGGAUGUGUGCGGCUUGACUCUGUGCGCGGUACUCCGGCAGCUGUCGGAUUUAUCCCGUCAGUCGGUGAGCAUCCUGGAGGAGCUGGAGGGAGAGCUCGCCUCCAUCUGCUACCGCUCCGGAGCUCUGGAGAAUAAACUUAUCAGCCUGCAGAAACACAUCUCAGCACUGGCCACCAAGCCGCCGCUCAAACCCGCCACCAACUUGGACUCAGAGAGCAAACGAACGGCCCACUUCCAAUCGUCAUGGCAACAGCAUGUGAAUGUGUUCGGCUCGUGGAGUAGGCCGGAGUGUGUGCAGGAACUGCACCAGGAGGCUCAGCUGAACCUACAGAGUCUGCUUCAAGAUUUUGAGGAGCAGUUGUAUGAUAACAGAGUGACAGGACAGACAUUCAGACACCCUUCCUCUCAGAGCUCGGAGGACACUUCAACCACUCUCAGCCGAUCCCCUUCCUCACUCAACAACAAGAAGACGGAGUUCGUUUUUGUGCCUGCAAAUAAGCAGGUGUGUGAGGAUGAGACCACAACUUUAGGGGUUCGGGCGCAGGACCCGACCCCCAGCGGUUCAGAGAAGUCCCUUCUUGGCUGGAAUGCCUCACUGAGUCCAGCUGUUGCAGUAAAACCUCGCUGGUACCUGGGCCGACAUACUCCAGCUCACCUUGUACCCAUUGAGAUCACAGGCCAGAGCUUUGAUAAGCACUCCGCACGGCACAGCGAACUGCGGGCCCCCUUUAGAACUGAUUCAGCGGUCAACCCAAAAACCGUUCGCCGCCCAAGGAGUGUGGUUGCAGGCCCUGAUGUCACGCUGCACUGCCAAGGUGACAGCAAAAUUCUUGCUGUUGAUCUAAUACAAGGUGCCUGUUCCCCUGGAUCCUCUCAACCCAGAUCUCUGGAGCCCACCACCGAAAACACGGGACAACAGCAUAUUCCCCUUCGGAAGACACAGAGCGACCUGGAGUACAGUGUUCCCCCAUCCCCGAAGACCCCAUCAGGCAUGAUGGAUCAUGCCACUCUGAUGUGCCCAAGCCCCUCCUGGAAUGGCCCAAAAGGUUCCACUUUCUCUCCUUCCUGGAAUGACUCCUACAACUAUGCUUUGGUUACAAGCUCUGCUUCCAAGCAGCCAAUUUCUAAAACUGGAAUGCUAACACCUGGAGGUGAAGGAGGUGGUUUAAUCUGUCCAUCCCAGACCAGUUCAGGCCUCUCCAUGAGCUCAGGGUCACACUCCAGUUCUUUCACCUCCAUCUCGGAACCAUGUGGGCAACGGGUGUACAGUGUGUUCACACAGGGGAGUGGGGUUGCCAUAGGGAAACGGAAUGACACAGAGGGGGCUUCCACUGCAGUCACGGGAAAUACCAAAAGUGAGCAGGAGAAGAGAUCAGCCCGGUCCAAUAUAUUCAGGUUCCGUGAACGUUCACUUUCAACACCAACAGACUCUGGAUCAUUUUGCUCAGCAGAUAAUAUAUGUUCCCCAGGUGAGGCUGUCCCUGUCGUUCCAGAGGGUGAGAGUUAUGCCCUGCUAUAUCCGAGCAAUAGCUCGGAGGAUAGCACGAGCACUGAUAACGUCUCUGUGACCACAGGUUCAGACUUUUUUCCAGAUAGUCGACUGAGGUCCCGCUCACGCAGUAUCUCACUAAAGAAAUCUAAGAAAAAGCCACCGCCUCCAGUACGUAGUGUCUCCCUGAUGAAAAACCUAUCAGAGGUUGGAGGAAUGGGCUCCUACCACAGUGAAGGGCGUUUCAGGGAUGGCAGACCCAAGAGUCUCUUUAUCCCUCGAGAUCACCAUGUUCAAGAUUCAUUCCAGCCUGAGUUCCUGAUUGCCAAACCUGAGGACGACACAGAUCAAGCCCACAGUAGUUUGGAGACAACUUCUGAUAUUUCUCAGCCUGCUGACAGGGAAACAGAGCUUGGAUUUCCUCCUCACUGGCAGCUCAAUGAGUGGAAGUCCAACAAUGAUCCCUACCGAUCACUGUCAGGUUCAAGCACAGCCACAGGUACCACAGUGAUUGAGUGCAUGAAGGUGCGGGGCAGCUCAGAAUCCCUGAAUUCACCCUCAACCUCACGAGCCACGUCUCCAUCCCAGCUCUCAAUCGAGGCUGAGACUAAGGUAUCCCCCUUCAAGCCCCCAUGUCUCAUGUCUCCAUCCAGUGGCUACUCAAGCCAGUCUGAAACUCCAACCCCAACUAUAUCAAACACCCUCAUCACUGGACCUUCUCCAGUUGGCUGCAAGAUGCGGCCAAAGAUUCCAGAGCGUAAAUCUUCCCUCCCAGCCUCUGCAAAGGAUAAAUCACGGUCACGUCUUUCAUUUGAACUACCUGCAAACUCUCAACUGGAUUUGUCCUCUGUCAAACCCAAGCCUAAAGCCAGCCGACGCCAUUCUGACACAUCUACAGCCAACAAACCAGGCAAACUUAGCCCCAGUCAGUCUUCUCUGCCUAUGGUUACCACAACAGACUUGAGAAACAUCCGCCUUCGUUCAGUAAGCCGCUCAGAACUUGAGGACAGUCCUGAUGGCUCUUCUGACAUUAUAGAGGAAGAGCAAAUUCGAGAUCUCAGCCCUCCUGUCACCCCCUCUAACACAAAACAGUCAAAGCCACCAGUUGCAAUGAAGCCGCCUCUACCUAAACGACCCAUGAAUUUGAUGCUUAAAUCUCCCUCAUCCUCCCCUCUGGCACCUGAAUCUCCUCCAUCUUCCCCUAUCGACCGACCCAUGCCUGUGGGUAACAUCUAUAUGGUUGUAAGAAAGCCCAAACCUAAACGAACACCUCAGUCAUCACUCAGUGCAUCUGUAAUAGCCCCUCAAGAGCCACUCUGCAGCUAUGUACCUCCUCUCCCUGAGUUUGACCUGGAGCAUGGGAUUCCCAUUGAGGAAGAUCUUCCAUCCCCAAGUAGCCCAGAGAGAGAGAACAAAAGUAAGACCCUUCCAAGUAGAAUGACAAUAUCCUGUUUAGCAGAAUUAGACAAAAGAAAGCCUAAGGUACCUCCUCCAGUGCCCAAAAAACCCAAUGUCCUUCUUCUGCCCUCUCCAAGCAGCCAGACCAAUGGCGGUGCAGAAAGGCAAACUCUACUUUCCGAUAGCAUCUCCCAUUCGCCUACGAGUCCAUCGGCAUCUGAGAUUGAGGGAGAUUUGCUGAAAGAUGAAGAUCAAGAUGAUCCUGCAAAGCUAAUUUUACAUGGAAACCAUACAUAUUCUGAAAGUUAUGAGACCUUUGAAAAUCAGGAGACUGAUGUGGUAGUUGAAGAGAAGAGUUUAAAAGAUUCAGAUUCUCAACAAAUUAUGGAAACUGAGACACUUCCAGCAGAGACAGUAAAAGAAACUUAUGCAGAAACAGAAGUAUCGGAAGAGAACAACUCUGCAGUUGACAAGACCGAACUACACAUUACAGAGGAAACAGAUGAUGAUGUAUCUGUCCACACACCCACAACUCAUACCACUGAGGACCUCUUCACCAUCAUUCACAGGUCAAAGAGGAAAGUUCUAGGUCGCAAGGAACCAACAGAUUCUUUUGGAAGCAGGCAGUGUCUGGUCUCACCUGUGAAAAGCAGUAGCACAGACCUCCGAACUCUGGGCCUCGGGACCACACCUAGGUCAAGCUCACGAAAUGAAAACUUUAUGGCUCUUCUCCAGAAGAGGAGCAGCAAAGCCAGCAGUGGGACCCGAGUUUCUGCCAUGGAGUUGCUGAAGAGCACAAACCCCUUGGCACGACGAGUCACUGAGUUCUCUCAGUCACAACCAGAUGGGAGCGUGACAAACACACCAAAAUCAGCCCAGCAGGACCAGUGAUUCCACUUGUCGAGAACCACAUGCUGGCUCUCAAUAUGGCUGGUUUUCCCUAUGCUCCACUGCCCAUCUAAACGGUUUAAUUUACAAAGACUUCAAGCUGAAGGAAAGUGGGUUUGAGUUGUUGCUUUCAGACAAGGGGAUCACACUGAUGAUGUAAAAUUGUUGUGGAGUAUAGUCAGUAUUAAAGGAAACUGAAACCACCACUGAUACAAAAUUCUGGCAUAGAAAUCUGCUAUUUUGGAAAUAUGAAUGCGAUGAUGAAACUCUUGAAUGGAAACUGCUUCAAGAAAUAUUUUCAACACUGUUCACUAUUUUAGGUGCCCAGCCUAUUUUUGUGGCCAAAGCCUGCUCUGCCCAUUUCAGUGGUGGACUAGAAAGUGUCUUAGUAGGAUAAUUGUGUUUUAAAAGACUGCACAAACUCGCACAGAGAGAGAGAGAGAGAAACAUUCCACAGAGGUUGUAAGCAAGGUCUGGUACCCAUAAAAAAUGAAGCACUUUCACCAGUACAGGAACUAGUUUACAUGACAAAAAGCUAUAUUUGUUAUUUUCCCUUUCUUUUUCGGUGUUAUUUUUUCAAAAGAUAUGAAAGGCCAUAUAAAUGUCUUCUUGAGUUUAUUUAAUCUGUACAAAACUAUGUAUACGACAUAUAAAUAUAUAUAUAUAUAUACAAAAAUGUAACUGCUUGAUCAAAGACGCAAGGGACACAAAGCUGUCCAUAUCUGUGACAAUUCUUGGGAAACUGCCUAUUAUUUUAUAAGCUCACAGCACACAAUGGAUUGAAGUGGUAAUAUUGAACCAUCAUCAUGCAAUAUACAUGAACCACAUCUAACAAUCUUCCCUCACUAACAGAAGUGUAAACAGACAGCAUAUCGAUACAGUAUGAUUGUGCCCAACAUACAACAAAUCAAAAUUGACAUAGACAAAACAUACCUUAGAAUAGAACAUUUGUGGAUGGUACAAAAUGAGGAAAUAACAGUAAGUGGGAGACAAAGGAGAGGACCCUGGGCUACAGAAGAGGGGCAUUGGUUUGGUGCUGGCCGUACAUUGUGUCAAAUCUCUCAGGGGUUUCUUUGCAACUCAAACCCAUCAUGGCUACUGGUCAAACUGUGGCUACUUCACAGAGAGAUUUUACUCGUCAACACAAAGUAUCAGGGACGAGAUUUGCUAAGGCCUAAGGACGGUAAAAUAUGACAGGAUUCAUACAUCUCUCAUGCUUGCCCCCACAGAAAAUUAGACAAUUCCAGAUCAUCUCACAAGACAGGAUCAUUCAAGUGCAAAGCUUCUCACUUUGUCCAUUUCAGACUAUGCAUCAAAGCUGAAUCAAACCUGCCUAUCUCUCUGCACUGACAGUAAACGCCAGUGAAUGUUAAGAAAGGGUGUGGCAGAGCUCAACACUUUGUUUAGAUUCAAUUUUUGACCAAAAAGAUUUUUUUUUAAUGGUUGCCCUCCAUGCAACUGCAAGAUCGGAUUGUAGAUCGAUGUUUGAAUGCACAAAAACUUUGCAGACUUUGAUCACUUGUGGUAAUUUACUCAAGAACUCGAGUGGGUCAUCUGUGGUAACUGACCACCAUCCUACUUUAAAGGAAUUUUGGAGACUACUGCAGACCGAGGAUCUACAACAGGCAGCCGCAGAGACUGAAACUUCAGAGACUGCUUCUUCUUACCAUUCCUUAUGAAGCUCCCCUUCCUCAUGUGAUUGUUCUUCUGGCUCCCAAUCAGACAAUGGACAGAAACCUGGUGCUAUUGAGCCAGAGCGCCCUCAGCAGUCCAGGAGAGGAAGUGCUUGGCAAAAAUCUGUUCUAACUCUAGAUAUUCAUCUUCUCAGACUAGUCGUUCAGGUAUUCCGACAAUAUGAAAAUCAUAACAUGAAAAAAGAAACAGAAUACCACCACAUUAAAAUAGUGUGUGACACUUGUUUUAAAUAUUUAGUGAAUGAAAAAAAAAAGUCAGACAACCAGUGUUUAUUUGCCUUGUACUCUGGCGUGAAGCCUCUGUGUUUUUAAAUGCCUUGGUAUUGCACUUCCGUAGAAGUAUGCAGAGUUUCUUUGACUCUUUUUAGGAUUUACUACUCUGAUAUUUAUCACUACUCUUGUGUACUCUGUGCUUAACCCUAUCAAUGUCAACAGUACUCUCACAGGUACACGAAGAGGAGAGAGGGAGGAACAGUGGAAGGAGAAGGGGCAAAACAAAAUAGAGAAAUGUACCUUAGUGGACUGUUAGAAGCCCUGUGCAUCACUAAUGUAAAUCCCACGGAGGAGGAUCCAUUGGACAGACAUACUUUUGUUAUAAUCACAUAGCAAUUGACAAACUGACAUGAAAAAGUGACAAAUUCCUCUCUUGAGUUUCACUAACUUCACUCAAACCAUUUUCUGCUCAUCUCCUUUUUCCUUGCAUAACCAAUAGGGGUUCAUUCUGAAUCACAUUUUGAAAUACAGAGUGAAAUGUCCCAACUAAGGGAGAAAAAAAAGGGUUUUCUGAACAAGUUUGUUAACCAUUUUGCUGUCAAGUGAAACUUUUAAUCAAUUCCUGUCAUCGCAAGUUGACAACUCCCCGCAUCACGCAUUGCCAGAUUGGAUGGGAAAAGCUUUAAAAAUUGCAGAUUGCCCUGAAGGAAUGGAAGGGUUCCUCAAUGAAAAUUAUAUUUUUGUUAUUUUUUCCUUGGAAAGACAUGUUAAAAUGUGCAUAUUUUAGACCUCACCCUCCAGAAGAAAUGAAGGUUGCUGUGGGAUCUUUAAUCAGCUGCAGUAUGUCUUGCCAAUGUGGUAAAAUGUAUAUCAUUAAAAUAAAUUAUUUUUCUUGCAUAACA